CAGUUCAUAGAACUUAAGGCCGAAAUCGAGCGCAGAUUGUGUACUUUGUAUGCUGCUGUGCAUUUGCUCUACGCGGUCAUCCAAUAUCUUCUCGCACACUCGGCUUUCCGCCAUUUAAAUGGAGGCUCUGCGUCCGUUCUACUCCUAUUUCUCUGUUGCGCUCUCGCCCUCUGGCCCACUGGUGCGGCGCCGAGUCGCAGUACUGGCAGCUGCCGGAUUUCCCAGCCAUAGAUACCGGAAUUAUGAGUGCUUGCGGCCGAUGAGAUGUGUUUUGAAGAAGAAUAAGAAGAGGAGGUCGCUCCUGUUCAAAGAAACAGAUGAUCCAGGGAACGUUGAAGUUUACAUUCCAAGCGCUGCUGAUGAUGCUGGCACUGCAACUGAAACUUUUACUACUAUUGAACUAGACGAAAGGGAAAGUAGUGAAGACAAGAAGCACACUAUUGUGCAGCGUAUCAUUAUUUUUGUAACUUCCGAAGCUGCUCCUUAUUCGAAAACAGGUGGCCUUGCGGAUGUUUGUGGUUCUUUACCCAUUGCGUUUGCUGCUCGUGGUCACCGUGUGAUGGUAGUGUCUCCAAGAUAUUUGAAUGGCGUCUCAGACAAAAAAUAUGCAGCUUCUUUUGAUACUGGUGUCCGAAUAAAGGUUCCUUGCUUCGGAGAUCAGCCAGAGGUUGGUUUUUUUCAUGAGUACAGGGCUGGUGUUGAUUGGGUUUUUGUAGACCAUCCUUCUUAUCACAGACCUGGGAACCCAUAUGGUGAUGAAAAUGGUGCUUUUGGAGACAAUCAGUUUAGGUUCACAAUUCUAUGCCAUGCUGCUUGUGAGGCUCCCUUAGUACUACCUUUAGGGGGCUAUACUUAUGGACAGAACUGCUUCUUCCUCGUUAAUGAUUGGCAUGCUGGUCUUGUCCCAUUGCUUUUGGCCGCAAAAUAUCGUCCUCAUGGUGUUUAUAAAGAUGCCCGCAGCAUUCUUGUCAUACACAACUUAGCACAUCAGGGAGUGGAGCCAGCAGCUACGUACCACAAGUUGGGGUUGCCACCUGAUUGGUAUGGGGCUGUAGAAUGGGUCUUUCCCACAUGGGCCAGAACCCAUGCACUGGACAAGGGUGAAACUGUAAAUAUUCUGAAGGGCGCUAUUGUCACAGUUGAUCGUAUAGUUACAGUAAGCCAGGGUUAUGCAUGGGAGAUAACAACUGGUGAAGGUGGAUGCGGCCUUCAAGACUUGUUAAGUAACCGAAAGAGUGUUCUAAAUGGAAUAACAAAUGGUAUUGAUAUUGAUGAAUGGGAUCCAGCUUCUGACAAACACAUCCCCUUUCACUACUCUAUUGACAAUCUCUCCGGAAAAGUGGGUUCACUACUCUGUAUGCAAAGUUCUAGUUUUGCAAAAUGCAAGGCUGCAUUGCAGAAGGAACUAGGGUUUGCCAUAAGGUCAGAAUGCCCAGUGAUUGGUUUCAUUGGGAGAUUGGACUACCAAAAGGGCACUGAUCUGAUCAUGAUGGCUAUCCCAGAGCUCUUGCAACAUGACAUCCAAUUUGUUUCAUUGGGCUUUAUCAAUGACUUGGUAAAGAAAUAUGCUUGCAUACAUCCUUGCAGAUUAUUUCUAGUACUAAGGAAAAUAUUUAAUGGAAGAUUAUUUGCUAAUGAUACAUCUGUUCCUAAUAUGUGCUUUACACCAAAUAAUACUAUAUUUUUAAUAAGGUACUAUUUUUAUCGGAUCUUUUGCUAUUUUCUAAUUCAAUCUUAAUUUUCUUAACUGGUAAUAUUUGCGGU